GUGAACUGUUAGUGGCAUUGCUCAUGCGCUUUGGAGUCAUUAAAUGACGUUAUUUGAACAUAAGCACUGCCAUUCCACACACUCAACUUGAUAAUCAAGGCUAAGUGACAGAUGGACAGAGAAUGGGAAACACCAGGAGAAGGAAUGUGCUCUAUCUUAGGAGGCAAGAUUUCAUCAUCCGAUCUAGAAAUGCACAAAAUUUAAAACUGAGCAACUGCUGAGAUAGAGCCAGACGUGGGCAUCUGGAAUGAUUUCCGUGAAUUAAAAAAAACCAAACCAAACCACCCCAAUCGCCACCAUUUUCUCCAGGAGGUGUCCACUCACCGUCUACUAGCAUGGCGACUUCCUCUCAGUAUCGCCAGCUGCUGAGUGACUAUGGACCUCCAUCGCUAGGCUACACCCAGGGAACUAGAAAUAGCCAAGUGCCUCAGAGUAAAUAUGCAGAGCUGCUGGCCAUUAUUGAAGAGCUGGGGAAAGAGAUCAGACCCACAUAUGCAGGGAGCAAGAGCGCCAUGGAGAGACUAAAACGAGGCAUCAUUCAUGCCCGAAGCCUGGUUCGGGAGUGCUUGGCUGAAACAGAACGUAAUGCCAGGUCCUAGCCCCUGGCCAGUCUGAAGGCCCAUCUCGCUACUCCGUGGAGAUGAGAGGCUUUGUUCAAAAUGGCAGUAAUUUUUCUACCACAGUCAUUAAGCUCUGAACCCACACUCAAAUGAUUGGGAAGACAUUUUGCAGUAACCAACGGUGUGCAUUUUAAGUAGUUAGGAAUGACCCAGCUCUUUUUUCUUUCUGAGCAUUUGAAAGAUGUUUGUGAAGCCACUUCACAGCAAGCUAUCCUUUGUCCCCAAAUGCCAGUGUCCCCUUUAACCUCCCUUUGAAUACACUUUCCAUUUGCAUCACCCCAGUUGACUUCCUUUCCAUGAGCUCACCUGCCUCUGAGGAGUUGAGUGCAGACCACAGCACGUUUGCUUAGUAGCUGGCCCGCCUGUGUACAGUGUAGACCCUGCUUCAUGGAGCUUCUCUGCUUAAGCGUUUGCAUGACUGAGUGCUUUGAAGUCAAUCUUUAAAAUGCACAGGUUAUAAAUACAGAAGAAAGAACAAUCUACCCAACCUACCAAGCACCCUGCAAAUGUCCAUCCUGAGAUUGUAGAUCUCAGUUCCGUGUUUACUGUGAGCCCAUCACAACAUCUGGAAGAAAACGACUGAAACUGUUGCAUCUUUGUAUUUAUUACUUGAUGUAAUAAAGCUUAUUUUCAUU